UUUGUAAUUGUAUGCAUUUGAGUGUUGUAUUGUGUUAAGUGUGUCGUUAAAAAGAUGUCGCAGUUCCUGGAUAAGGCAAAGACUUAUGUGACGGAGAAGAUAAAUGACAUGGCCAAGCCUGAGGCGCGUGUCACCGACGUGGACUUCAAGCGUGUGAGCAAAGACAAUAUCGACUACUUGGCCAAAGUCGCUGUUCGUAACCCUUAUUCAACUCCAAUACCCAUCUGCGAGAUCAACUACUCUUUCAAAAGCGCAUCCAGGGAGAUAGCAUCAGGGACAAUUCCAGACCCAGGAUCUUUGAAGGCAAAGGACACGACAAUGGUGGAUGUGCCUGUUAAGGUUCCAUACAGCAUAUUAAUAAGCUUAGCAAAGGAUAUUGGUGCUGAUUGGGACAUAGACUAUCAAUUGGAUCUGGGUCUCAUUAUUGAUGUUCCUGUAAUUGGCAACUUCACCAUUCCUCUCUCUCACAAUGGAGAGCUCAAGCUACCAACCCUAUCUAACAUGUUCGCCUAGUCGCACCACAAUGCUUAGAGGGAAAUAUAUAAAUAAUAAAUGGCAUUGUACACUCUGUGAUGUGUUUUCCUUAAAUUAAUAAAUAAUAAAUUUCAACCUUUUGCAUGUUCUA